GGCGGGGCCCCAUCUGGCUCGGUCAAGUAGUCCCGGGAACUGCCGGCGCCGGUGAGCCGGUGGGCGGCCGGAGGCUUCAGCUCUCCGCUGCUCCUUCCCGACCUCGGCCGUUGCCCGCGCGGCCGCGUCCUUGCACCGCUGCCCGCUCGGCCCGCCAUGCGCCCGCCGGCCCUGGCCACUCUGGGGCUGCUGCUGGUGGGGCUGUUGCUGCUGCCCGGCGAGGCCGCCCAGAAGCCGACACCCUGCCAGAGCUGCCGUCAGCUGGUGGACAAGUUCAACCAGGGAAUGGUGGACACGGCCAAGAAGAACUUCGGCGGUGGGAACACGGCGUGGGAGGAGAAGUCGCUGUCCAAGUAUGAAUUCAGCGAGGUCCGCCUCCUGGAGAUCGUGGAGGGCCUGUGCGGGAGCAGCGACUUCGAGUGCAACCGCCUGCUGGAGGAGCAGGAGGAGCUGCUGGAGGCCUGGUGGCUGCGGCUGAAGAAGGAGCACCCUGACUUAUUUGAGUGGUUUUGUGUGAGAACGCUGAAAGUUUGCUGUUCUCCGGGAACGUACGGACCGGACUGCCGUGAGUGCCAGGGCGGGUCUGCGAGGCCCUGCAGUGGGAACGGCCGGUGCAGCGGAGACGGCAGCAGAGAGGGGGACGGGGCCUGCCAGUGCCACCCAGGGUACCGUGGGGCUCUGUGCUCCGACUGCGUGGACGGCUACUUCAGCUCACUGAGGAACGAGACACACAGCGUGUGCACAGCCUGUGACGAGUCCUGCAAGACGUGCACCGGCCCCACCAACAGGGACUGCGCCCAGUGCGAGGCGGGCUGGGCCCGGGAGGACGGCGCCUGCGUGGACGUGGACGAGUGCGCGGCGGAGACGCCCCCCUGCGGCCCACAGCAGCACUGCCAGAACGUCGGCGGCUCCUUCCACUGCGAAGAAUGCGACCCCACCUGCGUGGGCUGCACGGGGAAGGGCCCAGGGCAGUGUAAAGAGUGUGUGCCCGGGUACACGAAGGAGAGUGGCCAGUGUGCAGAUGUGGACGAGUGUGCACUGCCUGGGAAGGCGUGUGCAAGGACUGGUGAGAACUGCUACAACACGCCCGGGAGCUUCGUCUGCGUGUGUCCCGACGGCUUUGAGGAGACGGAAGACGCCUGUGUGCCCGCGCAGCCGGCGGGGCGCGAAGUCACAGAGGAAGACCCGGCACGGCCGCCCGCCCGCGAGGACUUGUGAGACGCGUCCCGAGUCGGAGCCCGACCUGCCCUCUGAGUCAUUCAGACCCGUGUCCCGGUCCUGCUCGGGGGCCCCCGUCUCCAGGGUGGCGGGAGAGGCUGCCGGCAACGCAGCUGAUGCUCAUUCGACCCUUCAAAAGGCUGCAUUUUUGGUUCUUAAACAAAUCUGUAUAUUUUGA